AUAGCAUCAUCAGGAUUAUACCACAUUAUCAGUACGCCAUCUGCCUUGGAUUGGAUCCAUGGCUGGUGAAGCAGCGAUCCAUGGCGCACCCACAUCUGCACAAGCAUUGCUUCUUCUGUUCCUCGUCCCACUCGUUCUACUGCUCAGCGGUGCGAAAAGAUGGAGCCGGAGGAGCAAGCAGCGGCUGAACCUGCCGCUCCCACCUUCCCCUCCGCGCGCACUCCCGGUGAUCGGGCACCUCCACCUCGUCGGCCCCCUCCCUCACGUCUCCUUCCGCGACCUUGCCGGUAAGCACGGCCGGGACCUCAUGCUCCUCCGCCUCGGCUCGGUGAACACGGUGGUCGUGUCCUCGCCGCGCGCGGCCGCGGCCGUCCUGCGCACGCACGACCACGCUCUCGCGUCCAGGUCGCGCUCCGCCGUCGCCGACAUCAUCUUCUACAAGCGGACCGACGUCGCCUUCGCGCCAUAUGGCGAGCCCUGGAGACAGGCCAGGAAGGUGGUCACCACGCACAUGCUCAGCGCCAAGAAGGUGCACUCGUUCCGCCACGACCGUGAGGAGGAGGCGCGGAUAACCGUGGCCAAGAUUCGCGCCGCGGCGGAGACCGCGGUGCCCGUGGACAUGAGCGAGCUCCUGGGCUCGUACGCGAACGACGUGGUGUGCCGGGCGGUGCUCGGGAGAAACCACCGCGACGAUGGCAGAAACAAGCUGCUCCGCCAGCUGAUCGACAUCAACAUGUCGCUGCUUGGAGGGUUCAACGUCGAGGACUACUUCCCGAGCUUGGCAGUGGCGGACGUGUUCACCGGCAUGGUGGUGUGCCCCAGGGCUAGGAGGGUUCGCAAGAGGUGGGACGAGCUGCUCCACAAGCUCAUUGACGAGCACGGGCGCCUGCGCGAGCAGGACGAUGCCAGCGCAGACUUCAUACACGUGUUGCUCGCCCAGCAGGAAGAGUACGGCCUCACCACAGACAACGUCAAGGCGAUCUUGCUGGACAUGUUUGAAGCGGGGACAGAGACGACAUAUCUGGUGCUGGAAUUCGCGAUGGCAGAGCUGAUGAACAACCGGCACGUCAUGGCCAAACUGCAAGCGGAGGUGAGGAGGAGGCGUGCGCCGGCGGCGGCCGUAGGCAAGGACGACGAAGGAGAAUCAGCACAAGACGUGGUCACGGAGGAGGAGCUAGGAGACAUGGCCUACCUGAAGGCCACCGUGAAGGAGACGCUGAGGCUGCACCCGCCGGUGCCGCUGCUCCUCCCCCACCUCUCGAUCGCCGACUGCGAGGUCGACGGCUACGCGAUCCCUGCCGGGACGCGGCUCAUGGUCAACGCGUGGGCCCUCGCGAGGGACCCCGCGUCCUGGGAGGCGCCGGACGAGUUCGCGCCGGAGAGGUUCCUCCAGGGAGGCAGCGCGGCGGCGGUGGACAGCAAGGGGAAGGACUUUGAGUUUCUGCCGUUCGGGUCCGGGCGGAGGAUCUGCCCCGGCAUAAACUUCGCCAACACCGCCGUGGAGAUGAUGCUAGCAAACCUCGUGUACCAUUUCGACUGGGAGCUGCCACCGGGGACGAAGGAGGUCGACAUGACUGAGGUGUUCAGCUUGUCGAUCCGCCGUAAGGAGAAGCUCCCCCUUGUUCCAACUCCAAGAUCUUGCCGAGAGGAGUGAGGGGGGUGCUUGUUGUUUCGAAAAAGCAUUUAAUUAGGUGCGUGCAAUCAAUCUGCGUAUACUCAAGAUCUUGAUAAGUAAUCUACUCCCUCCGUUCCUAAAUAUUUGUCUUUCUAGAGAUUUCAACAAGUGACUACAUACGAAAUAAAAUGAGUGAAUCUACAUUCUAAAAUA